AUGGGCAGCAAGAGGAGAGGUGCCAGGAGCCGGCGGGGCAGGGACGGCCCGGCCCCCACGCAGUGUGUCCAGGCCGAGUGCUUUGACCCUCUGGUCCGAAACUGCGUGGCCUGCAAGCUCUUCCGGACGCCAGAACCCAGACCGGCAGCCCGGGCCAGCAGCCUGGCGCCCGGGACGGCGCUGCAGCCGCAGGAGUCGGUGGGUCCCGGGGCCGCCGCCGAGGCCGACACCGCGCUGCCGCUGCCCGCGCUGCUCUUCGGCGCCCCCGCGCUGCUGGGCCUGGCGCUGGCCCUGGUCCUGGUGGGCCUCCUGAGCUGGAGGUGGCGGCGGCGGCCGCACGCGGCGGCUCCCCCGAGGGCCCCGGCCCGGCACCCGCACGAGGCCCUGGACAAUGUCAUCAUCCUCCCCCCGGGACCCCUUGAUGCCACCGCUCCCGUCUGGCCUCCAACAAGAGAAGACCCAGCCAACACCCCACCUGCCCACAGCGUCCCUGUGCCAGCCACAGAGCUGGGCUCCACUGAGCUGGUGACCACCAAGACAGCCGGCCCUGAGCAACAGUAG